CCAGUGACGUAGAAGGACGCUUCUCGCCCAUUGGCUACGGGUUGUUGCGGUGGCUCUGGCGUGGCCGCCCUGGAGCGGCUUCGUGUGCCCAGGGUGUACAAAAUGGUUUGGAACCCGUCCUGUCAGAGGUCACCAUAAUCAUGAUUGACAUCAAUGAUUUCCUCAUGCACUGUUCAUCCGGGUGCUGUAUCAGAAAAUGGACUGGGACCAGUUUGACUUGAACCCUAAAGUAAUUGCUGCCCUUAAGAAAGCUGACAUAAAAUCAAUAAAAGAGAUUUUAAAUCUUUCUGGAGCAGACUUGCAACGAUUGAUGAAACUGUCCAGUGCAGAUAUACAGUGCUUAUUGAAAACGGUCUCUCACAUGCUAAGGAGAAGCAGUAUGCUUACAGCACUUCAGCUCUACCAAGAUAAAGAUCAUCGCACCUCUCAGCACCAGAAGCUAAGCCUUGGAUGUUCAGUACUAGAUAACUUGUUAAAAGGUGGCAUUCCUUUAGUGGGAAUCACAGAAGUUGCUGGGGAAAGUUCUGCUGGGAAGACUCAGAUUAGCUUACAGCUGUGCCUUUGUGUGCAGUAUCCUUACCAAUAUGGUGGAUUAGAGUCUGGAGCCGUCUACAUUUGUACAGAAGAUGUAUUCCCAAGUAAACGUUUGCAACAACUCAUAGAUCAACAACAUAAGCUGCGAGCAGAUGUUCCAGCUGAAGUCAUACAGAAGAUCAAAUUUGGAAACAGUAUUUUUGUUGAACAUGCAGCAGACCUAGAUACCUUUCACAACUGCAUUACUAAAAGGAUUUCCCUGCUGCUUACAAGAGGCAUGGUGCGGUUGGUGGUCAUCGACUCUAUUGCUGCCUUAUUUCGAUGUGAAUUUGGAGCUUCAGAUUCUGUUACAAAGGCUCGGUAUUUGCAGACAUUUGGAGCACAGCUUCACAGUUUAAGCACUAGAUUCAGGACUCCAAUAAUGUGCAUUAAUCAGGUGACUGAUGCAGUGAGCGAGUCAGAAGCUACUCAGUGUGGUUCUAGUGUAGUGGCCUACAGUGUCUCUCCAGCACUUGGAAUAACCUGGGCAAAUCAACUGCUAAUGAGACUGAUGGUCAGCCGAACACCGCAGCCUGAGCGACCCCCUGGAGUAGUGUCACACCACACUGGAAGUGUGAGGACUUUACGAGUAGUUUUUGCUCCUCAUCUCCCUCCCUCCUCUUGCUACUAUACAGUAAAAAUGGAAGGUGUAAAAGGAAUAAAAUAAAUUAUUUGCACUGUAAAGAACUCUGCUCCAAAACCAUACCAAAACUACCUUGCUUCAGGAGGAAUUACUGGUUAAAUUCUUCCUAGAUGAGAGAAAUGGAUGCUGAAAUACAGAAACAGUGAUGUGACUACAUCAGGCAUUGUCAACAUUGUGAAAGAUCUUUUUAUACUUGGAUAUAUGUUCACCACAUUCUUCUGGUAGGUAUUCUGAAAAACAGUAGAGCUUUGGGUGGACAGAGGUUGCAGAAUAAAGUGUGAUGUGUCAGUCCCCGUGGCAGGGGAGACCUGAUUUCUAACUUAGCUUUAAUAGCAUGCUAACUCUAGUGACAGCAUGUGCUGCAGUAGUGUACCUUCUCUGUGUGAAGACCUACAAGGACUUCAGUUCAGCCAGUGACUAUUUUCUGAUGGUGUUUCUGAGCCUCAUGCUUCCAUUAAGUACAGCCAUUCUUCAGUAUGUAGGGCCUCAGAAAUAGCACAAAGCAACUAUCCUAUUUUCAAACAACUUGUUUUUAAUAUUAAGAUUAAAAAAACCCCCAAACAUAGUUGAUUUUAACAUCUUACUGUAAGAAUUAGAAUUGUAUUGCUUUUGUACUAUAUGGACAUAUCCAGCUUCACAGAACUUUGUCAUUUUUUUUUAGAAAUAGCUCUUUUCGUGCGGUCCAGUUCUCUCCCCUCAAAGCAAAAGCCUCUUCAGCAUCUUCCAUUUAAAAACAAACCACACAGUGCCAUCCUCUUGUUCUGCUCUGCUGGCCCAGCACUGAUGCUGCACCAGGCAGCUUCAGAGCAAGGGCUCUGUUUAUGUUCCUCCAGAUGCUCUGCACUGCUCUGUGGUUCAUUGGAUCAGGGUAAUAUUCUUGAUCAGCCCCUGGAUCACUGCCCCUGUAGCUUCUGCCCUAGGCUUUGCUCAGCUGUGCUCCUGAAGGGCUGCUGUAGGAGGUUCUAUCCAUACCUGGAAUGAUUGCUUUUCUCAGAUAUCCAUUGUUAGAGCUUUAUGUGUUUUUAAUUUUUGCACUAUUUAUCAUAACUUUUUCUGUUCCUCCAACUACGACUAUGACAUUUGCUUUCUCUAGUCACUGCUGAAUGCUGUGUGACAGCAAGCCAGAUGAAGGUACUCACGUGCAUUUUCCUGCAUGAAUCUUGUGAUGUCACCUGUGUUGGUUCUUAUUUAACUCUCCAGCUGGAGGCUUAAAUCUGAGUCAGAGGCCAUCUGCUGGCUCAUCAUCACACAGAAACCCCAAGCCUCUAAAAUACAACCAACCCCAUGUUGAGUUUGCAGCUUGCACCUGCAGUUCCUACCCCUGUCUGCAGUUAUUCAGCCACAGUCAAAAACCCAGACUGCUGCUCAGCUGACACUGGUAUAGCAUUUGGGGUACAAACCCUCUUUGAAGCCUUCUGUCAAAAGUGUGGAAACAUGCUGCAGUCUUAAUACAAGAACCUUCCCUUUAUACAGCUUUAUUCAUCUUUGGAUUGCACAGUGGAGAGUUGUUGCUAUACAGGAAAAAAUGAAUAAUUUUUUUACAAAGAAGAUUUACAUUCUAGA